AUGGGGGUCUGGUCGGACUUUCGAAAAUUUCUUGAAGACGGUGCUUUCUUCAACCAGAAUGGGUUUAAACCCGCCUGGUUCGUAUACGUGGUGCAGCUCUGGAGCCUCUUGCAAGCUUUCAUUCUACCAGCUGCGCAAACCUUGGCGGGGUUGUUCGCGCUUCGUGUUGCUGCUGGAGUUUUGAGCCGUCUGCGGCCUUUUUGUAGACUGGCUGCUCAUCAUCUACCUAGUUUGAAUUCUCUCUGGAAUGAUAGGCACAAUGGUUUGCCACUGGGCACGGACGCGGUCGCACUGCGGAAACGCGGUGCUGUCACCGACCGUGCUGCGGCCCUGGAACCGCUCGGCGCCAAACUAGCGCACUCCAGGGCGGAAAACGCUGGACGCUGCGACACAGUGGCUUGUGAAGCUGGCGGUGCACCGCGGAACGAGACUUGUAUUGCUCGCUGUCGGUCAUUUCUGGUAGAGCUACGACGAAAGCCUCAGCUUGGCUGGCCGAGGCUUCUCUAUCGCGUUCUGCAGCUGCUCAUUGUGCUGCGCGGGCUCAUGCUUUUCAAGCAUCUGGCGCUCACGAACGAGCCACGGACUUAUUUUUAUUCGACAAGUAUCGUACCCCCUCCGUUAUGCCCACUGAAUGACCUGGAGCCCCUUAUUGAGAAGGAGUCUCGUUUUCUGCAAGUGGAGUUACCUCGUUAUGUCGCGCAGGUCCAGGAAGCGCUUUGGCAAGAUGCCAGACGCUAUGGUGAACCAGGCAUCCGGAAGCAUCGCAUUGUGCUGUACCGCGCCAGCUGCGACGGCUUGGGCAACCGCCUGACCGGCCUUGUAUCAGCGUUCUACUAUGCCUAUAUGAGCCAGCGUGCCUUUCUCGUAGACUGGAACGGCUGUGCAGCGGUCGUGAGCGGCACUCUCGAAGAUCUGGUCGAUCCUCCCUUCGCAUGGAGUGCACGCGACCUACUCCGCGUCCUCGGUGCAGACGAUCGCCAGCAUGCUGCUCGAAGAAGCGAUCAAGAUACGGAUCCGGUGCUCGUCGAAUUUCAACGUAUCUUCGGUGAUGCCGGUGUGCGGCGUCUGUCGACUGCAUACUGCAGGCCGUGUCCGGAGCGACGCCCUCUGCGAGACCUGGAACAUAUGCUGUGUGAGCGUUUUGUCGAUGACUCGACCCCCGUUGUCGACUUUUACGGCACACACUGGACUGGAGCGACCAUUCAGCAUAAUCCCUAUUUCCGGACUGCUUCUUGCAAACUCUUCGGCAAUGAUGCCUUUGGCAUCCUUUCGCGUGCGCUGCUCAGGCCAAAUGCAGUGGUUCAGCGCAUCGCGGCUCCGGUUCUUGAGGAAAUGUCAAGGGCGGUUCUCACGAUCGCUCUGCAAAUACGACGACGUGACAGCUACGGCAUCUCGGCGGCCAUGGAGGAGGUCAUGUGGCGCUGCGCACAACAGAUUCGAGUGCUUCACUUUCAGCGACGAACACUCGGAGACCGCUCGAACAAAGCAUCGACACCCGGCCAUUCGACUGGCCGAAACGAGUCCGGGAUCGGGAAUCAAACUUUCUACCGCACGCUUUUGUUCAUCGCGGCCGAUAACGAUCGGUCCCGCAAGCGGAUCGAGGACGGCAGUAGCAAGGAGCACACUGGCCUCCAUGCGAUCUAUUUGUCAAGCCCGCUGACCAAGACGGAGCUAGUCGGGAUACAAUACGCUUUUGCGGAGAUGUACCUGCUGAGCAAAGCAGAUGAGAUUAUUAUCAGCCCGUAUUCGAGCUUUGGCAGUUUCACUCAUGGCUGGUCCAGUAAAGUACCAUGGAUUGCGCUGCGUUCGGGGAAGUGCAUGCAAACGACUUCGAGCAUGCCAUGCGAUGUGUAUUGGUUUGGAGUGCAGCGCCUGUCAUGUUUCAAUGCGAGCAUGCUGAGUAGUGAGAUGGUGAACAUGGAUUCAUGCUAUGGUUGA